CAAACAUAGCCAUGGAGUGGCACUUGUAUAUAGUGAUAUUUUGCGUGACAGCAGUUCUGGCUGACGAAGAAUGGCUGGAAGUGGCAACCGCGCAGGGUCCCGUACGAGGUCAGAAGCACCCUAACGGAGAAUUGUACGUUUUCUACAAUAUACCCUACGCAACAGCUCCUAAGGGUGAAGACAAGUUCAAGGGACCUCUACCACCGCCAGUAUGGACCGAACCUUUUAAUGCUGUCAACAAAAAUAUAAUCUGUCCACAGUACGAAGGGAUACCUUCAUCAUUUGAACAAGGUCUAGUGAUGUCUGAAGAUUGUCUCAUAGCCAAUAUAUUUGUGCCUGAUACAAAUGAAACGAACCUGCCCGUAUUUGUUAAUGUCUAUGGCGGUGCUUUUAUUACUGGGUAUGGUGACGUAGUAAGAGGGACACAGCUGAUGAAGACAAAAGAUUUCAUCAUGGUGACGUUUAACUAUCGUCUCGGCAUUUAUGGGUUCCUAUGUCUUGGCACUGACGACGUACCAGGCAAUGCGGGCAUGAAGGAUCAAGUGGCGCUGUUGCGCUGGGUUAAUGAAAACAUCGCAAACUUCGGCGGUAACCCUGAUGAUGUCACAAUUGCAGGUUUCAGUGCAGGUGGUGCAGCUGUCGACUUAAUAAUGCUGUCAAAGUCAGCAAAAGGAUUAUUUCACCGCGUCAUUCCUGAGAGUGGUGGAAACCUUUCUAUAUUUGCAAUCCAGAAAGACCCUAUCGAGAUUGCUAAGAUGCAUGCCAAAACCCUAAAUUUUACGAAUGUUGACGAUAUUUAUGCGUUAGAACAGUUUUAUAAGACCACUUCAAUGGAAAUUCUAACUUCGCAUUCGUUCGCCAAUAGAACUGAUUCCACUCAUAUGUUUUCACCCUGUGUGGAACGUGAUAUAGAAGGAGCAUUCCUAACAGAACCUCCACUGACUAUCCUAAAGAAUGGUGACUAUGAUAAGCUACCUAUGCUGUAUGGUUUCGCUAACAUGGAAGGUCUUUUCCGCAUAGACAUGUUUGACAUUUGGAAAGAUAUGAUGAACACUAACUUUUCUGAGUUCUUAUCAGCGGACUUGACAUUUAAAACUGAUGAAGAAAGGGAAGAGGUGGCCAGUAAGGUUAAGAAGUUUUAUUUUGGCGAUGAGCCUGUCAAUAACGAUAAUAUUUUGUCAUAUGUAGACUAUUUUUCGGAUGUCCUCUUUACUCAUCCUAUUCUAUGGUCGGCUAAAUUGCAAGUGGAGGCUGGCAACGAUCAAGUUUACCUGUAUGAAUAUUCGUUUGCAGAUGAUAAUGUUUCUGUAGUGCCACAUACUAACGUGCGAGGUGCUAGCCACUGUGCUCAGACAGCGGCUAUAAUGGAUGGUGAAGAUGAAAGUCUUGAAUCGUUGGAAUAUCAGAAUAUGAGGAAAAUAAUCCGCGAAAUGUGGCACAACUUUAUAACUACUGGAGCCCCUGUGCCCACUGGGUCAUCGCUGCCUGCAUGGCCAGCCUUAGGCGAGAACAUGUCACCACACAUGCAGCUGAUUGAGAAGCCGGUACUGCGCGGAGUACUCCUGGAAGAACGCUCUCGCUUCUGGGACGAGAUCUUCGAGAAUUACUACCGAGAUCCAGUUCCACCAACCGACCCCAACUCUUCAGAACGUCGAUAUCAAUGUUGAUACGCCGAUGCCAUCAUUGAUACCGAUAGUGAAGCAUACAAACUUAUAUUUAAUUAAAUAGCGUUGUACUGUUACGUGAUUUGUUUUGUAGUGUUAACAGGAACUUUGGCCGUUAAUAUAAACCUCUAGAUUACUUCCUUUCCUUCCUUUCUUUCUUUCCAUCCUUGUGUUAGUGGUACCUAACCAAAUAUGAA